AUGACAAAACGUUUAUCUAUAGAGGUUAAAAAGAGUCGGCAACCAGUCCCCAUAGCAUGUGAAUUCUGUCAUUAUAAACAUCUUCAGUGUGACAUUGCAAGGCCAUGUAGAAACUGUGUUAAAAGAAAUGUACAACAAUAUUGUAAAGAUAAAGAAAAAAAGAUUAGAAGAUCAAAAGUUGCAUGUAAGAAGAGUAAAAAGGAAAGAAAGAAAAAAGGCAAAGGCGCCAAAAGUUUACUCCAUAUAAUUGAUGUAAAGCAAUCUGUUAGCAAUACGUUCAAUAAUGAUAUAAAUACUAAAAGUGGUGGAGCUCAUCAGAAAGACGCAGAGAACCUAAAAUUUGUCUUAGGCAGCUCAUUGAAAUCUAAAAAUCCAAUAGAAUAUAGAUUAAAUGAUAAAAUCAAUAUUAAUGAAAAUUUCCCUAUUAAGACUGAAUUUAUAUCAAGUAUGGAUGAUAAUAUAAUAAACAGUGAAUCAGUACUAAGUGAUAAUCAAACUCAAAAACAGUUAGAUGAUAUUCAUAGUGUACAACAAAUAGGGACGGCAAUGACCACAAUACAAACUACAAAUAACAUUAUAAACCCAAUCAUGGAACAGUUGAAAGGUCCCUACGAAAAACAAUUUCCUGAUGAUCUAUCAGAGACUAUUACCUUUACUACAGAAUCUGAGCAAGAUAGUUCUCAACCUUCCCCCCUAGUAAGCUCUAUAGCUUCAGAACAAGAACCAUCUUUAACAAAAAUAAUGCAAAAAUCGCAUUUUCCAGUAGAUGAAACAAUGACAAAAUAUGAAUCUCAAAACAUACCGUUAAAUUUAGAUAAUAUUCCAAUAAAUUUGCCAGAUUUAAUAUCACAAAAUUCACAGCCUCUGAGUUUUAAUAGUGUUCAAUUUGAUUUAGCUGACGAAACUUGGAAUGAAGAAUAUAAAUUAGAAAAUAUGAAUGCAGCAUUAUCAAAGCAUAUACCGAAAGGUAAUCCUUUAACUAAUAAAUCGGAAGAAUCUAAUAGUUCUAUUGACUUAGGUUUUCAAAAUGUUGCAGGUUAUUACAACCCAACUUCAUUAGACAAUAGAAAUAAAUUCUCACAUACCUCCGAAUACACUACUCCACGUAGUAAAGUGAAUGAAGAAAAUGGAAUGCAUAGCUCGCAAAGUAUUGAAGCUUUAAACCAUCUUUUUAACUCCAUGUGUCAAGCAGAUGAGUUAAUAAACUCUGAUAAAUCCAUAAAUAAACAACAAAUUGGUCUAGACAUCGUUUGUAAUUAUAUGACCGUAUCCAGUACUGGUUGGUCUGCAAAUAAAGCUAUACCAAACACAUAUGGGAAAGGGUGGGAAAUGUUAAGUGAAAAUAACGAAGAGUAUAAUAACUAUUUAAAUAUCUUUAGCGACACACAUAAUUUAUUUAAUGAUAAUACAAUGUCGAAUAAUGAAGUUUCAACUAGUCAGCAAGAGCCAUAUUCUAUUGGAAAUUCCUACACAAAAAUUACACCAGAAAUAAGUUUACAGCAAAUUGAAAAACUUAAAUCAAAUAAUAAAAAUGAUAAAAUUAAUAAAAUUCUUUCUCCAUUUGCAAUACGGCAAAUAAUUAAGACUCCUCAAGAUUUGGUAACCCAUGGUUAUCUACUAACUGCUCCAAAUUAUAAGAGAGCAUAUAUAAAAUUAUAUCAAAGAAUAUGUCAAAGAAUAUCAGAUACUAUAUCCAAUAAUAAAACAGGUAGUUUAAAAAAUAAUAAACAAAAAGUUGAAAAAUCAGAUAUUGUUUUAGAAAAAGUUAUCUGCCAACAAUUACAUGAGCUUUUAAACCUUCUAAUUACACAUUAUGGUCCCAUAUUUUUACAGCAUCUGGCGUGUUUUUCACCUCAAGAUCGUUUUCUGCAGGAAUAUAUGUUCCAAAGUAUCUUACUAGAUUUAGAAUCAUGUAUUAAUUCAUACCCCUCCCCCCCCAUUAUUAUUUGGAGAAGAACUGGUGAAAUUUGUUAUGUUAAUGAACAAAUAACGGAUGUACUUCGGGAGAAGCCAGAAGAGUUAUUAACAGGGUCCAGAAUUAUUUUUGAAUUUUUUGAUAAUAAAACCAUAGUGAAAUAUUUUGAAAUCUUUCAGUAUUAUCUCACAUAUGGCCCAUUGUUGUCAGAAUAUCAAAAAGAUAUUAAUUCGAUUUCAAAUGAAUAUGGAUUCAGCGUCUCGCAAGAUGGUAAAUCAGUAUUUACCAACAUUCGUCUUAAAGUUGGAAUAGAAAACUAUAUUAAAGCAGGAUGCUGUUUUUCAAUUUAUUCAGAUAACCAUAAUAUUCCUCUUUUAAUCAUGGGCCAGUUUUUUCUCAUUCCUAAUACCAAAUAG